AUGGAACCUAAAGAAGUUGAAUCUACAAACAGCGAGAGCAUCCCUCUCUCUAAUGGGGUAUCAAGUCGAUCAUCAACUUUUGAUGAUAAAAAAGAGCACACGAAAUGGCAAUCUUUUAAAGACUCAUUUAAGAGAUACGAAGGAUACGAAGAAGAAGAAGAAGUUGACUUAGAAAAGUUGGAUGACAUUCAGAAAGGUAACAUAAGGACCGCAAAAUCUCCAUUAAAAAGAAAAUUGAAAUCGAGACAUUUGCAAAUGAUUGCUAUUGGGUCUUCGAUUGGAACAGGACUUUUCAUUGGGUCAGGAUCCGCUUUAAACACAGGUGGUCCUUUGGGUAUUUUGAUUGCUUGGGCUUUGACAGGUUCAGCUAUUUUCUGUACGAUUCAGGCGAUGGGCGAGUUAGCGGUAACUUUCCCAAUUUCUGGUUCGUUUAACGUUUAUGCGAGUAGAUUCAUUGAUCCAUCUGUUGGUUUUGCAGUUGCAUGGAACUAUUUUUUUCAAUUCUUGGUUUUAUUACCUUUAGAAUUAGUCGCUGGUUCUAUUACAAUGACAUACUGGAUCACAUCGGUCAAUCCUGAUGUCUGGGUACUUAUUUUUUACCUCGUUGUUAUAUCUAUAAAUUUCUUUGGCGUAAAAGCUUACGGUGAGGCAGAAUUUGUAUUUUCAUCAAUUAAAGUUCUUGCAGUUGUUGGAUUCAUAAUAGUUUCUAUUGUUAUUGCUGCAGGAGGAGCUCCAAAUGGACAUUACGUAGGAGACAGAUAUUGGCAUGAUCCAGGUUUGUUUGCGAAUGGAUUUAAGGGUGUUAGUUCAGUAUUUGUCACAUCUGCAUUCUCUUUUGGAGGUACUGAGUUAGUUGGUUUGACAGCAGCUGAGACUGAUAACCCAAGGGUGACAUUACCAAGGGCAACAAAACAAGUGUUCUGGAGAAUAUUGAUGUUUUAUAUGAUAUCUUUAACUUUGAUUUGUUUCUUAGUGCCUUAUAAUUCUGACAGCUUGUUGGGUGCCAGUUCGGUCGAUGUCACCGCAUCUCCAUUUGUCAUUGCCAUCAACAACGGGGGUAUCGGUGGCUUACCAUCUGUUAUGAAUGCCGUUAUUUUGAUUUCCGUUAUUUCGGUAGGAUCUUCCUCGGUAUAUGCAACAUCAAGGACAUUGACGGCUUUAGCUGAACAAGGAUUGGCACCAAAAAUCUGUGGAUAUAUUGACAGAGCAGGUAGACCACUAGUUGCGAUCAUAAUUACAAACAUUUUCGGUUUAUUGAGUUUUAUCGCAGCAAGUGGUAAACAAGAAGAAGUAUUUAACUGGUUACUACUGAUUAGUGGUUUAAGUUCCAUCUUCACUUGGUGGUCUAUUUGUGUAGCCCACAUAAGAUUUAGAAGGGCCUUAUAUGUCAAAGGAAGAUCAAGCGACGAGUUGAGCUUCAAAUCCCAAACUGGUGUAAUUGGGUCGAUUUAUGGGGCCACCUUAAACACUUUAGUAUUAAUUGCAGAAUUUUGGGUUUCUUUAUUUCCGUUAGGAGAAUCACCCAGCGCUGAAGGAUUUUUCCAAAACUAUUUGGGGUUUGUUGUUUUACUUGUAUUCUACGUAGGCCAUAAAAUAUGGAAGAAUAAUUGGAUUCUUUGCAUUAGAGCCAAGAACAUUGAUGUUGACGUUGGACGUAGAGAAACAGACUUAGAAGCAUUGAAACAAGAGUUAGAGGAGGAAAGAGCAAUACUACGUACCAAGCCAUUGUAUUAUAGAGUUUACCGUUUCUGGUGUUAG